CCCCGCUCCGCGCCGCGCACCGCUCCCGCUAGUAGGAGGCUCGCCCGCGGCCCAGCCAGGUGUGCGCCCGACCCGACCCGAACACCUCGCGCGCACCAAAACUGCAGCGACCGCUGGAUUUUCUCUUUCGUUUCCGUCCGGCGUGAGUGUGUGCCUGUGUGUGUGAUAGUCUUUGUGUGUGAACCUCGCCCUCGUCCCAUGCAAAGGUGCCACACCUGCACCUAAGGGCCGGCGUAGACCGCAAGACGCGGCGCGCGGAGGACGCCCCGCCCGGAGGUGCAGGGAGGGCCCGCCACGCCCGCCACGCCCCGCCGCGCCGCAGGAUGGAACGCCACCGCCGCUGCGUCUCGUAGGGGCCUCGCCCCGCCCCGCCCACCUGGAACCCACGCAGAAUCGAAGCUGGAGUCCGGCGCGACCUUCCCUGGCGUGCCAGCGAUCCCCCCACUGCCACCGUCGCAAAACUCACCGAGACGAAAACGCUUCAAAGCUCUGAAAAAAAAAGAGCACUCUUCUCUGGCUCGAGCUAAACUGCGCGUAACCAGCAACUUCCCCCUAACAUCUUUUAGAUAAACUUGCGCCUCAAUGCGCGCGGCUUCGACUCAAUUUUGAAAUUUCGACGGUCAGAUAGCAACCCCUACAGGCCAAGAUGCCGCGCAAACUGCUCAAGUUCCUCAUCCUGUUCGACAAUACCAACCUCCUGUACUUUCCCGGCCAGUUCCUCAGCGGCCGCGUCCUGGUGGAGCUCGAGGAGGACACCCCGUCGCUCGGCCUGCACUUCCAUGUGAUUGGCGAGGGCGUGGUGAAGCUGCGGACGCCCCGCAGGGACCGGCCCGCUGACCGAGAGAGCUACAUCGACUUCAGGAUGCGCCUCCUGGGCGAGCCGGGCUCCGCGCCCGUGGUGCUGUCCCCGGGCAUCCACAGCUUCCCGUUCAAGCUGGGGCUGCCCCUGGGGCUGCCCUCCACCUUCCUCGGCAAGCACGGCUGGGUGCAGUACUACUGCAAGGCCGCGCUCCGCGAGCCACAGGGCCUGGUGCACAAGAACCAGCAGGUGUUCAUCGUCAUGAACCCCAUCGACCUCAACCUGGAGCCGCCCAUCCUCGCGCAACCCUUCCGCUGUGAGAUUGAGCACAAGCUGGGCGUGAGCUGUAUGGGGUCCGGCCCCGUCCUCUGCCGGGUCGCCCUGGACCGAGGCGGCUACGUCCCCGGGGAGACGAUCGCCAUCUCGGCCACGGUGCGCAACCACUCGCGGGUCACCAUCAAGAACACGAAGGCCGCCCUCACCGAGACCAUCUCCUACAUGAGCGGCGGCAAGGUGGUCCACAUGGAGACCAGGGAGCUGGCCUCCCUGCGUCGCGGCAAGAUCCGCCCCGGCCAGUCGGACGAGUGGAACAACCAGCAGCUGUACGUUCCGCCGCUGCCGCCCACCAACCUCAGGGGCUGCCACCUCAUCAAGAUCCAGUACGACGUCUACUUCAUCAUAGUGCCCAAAAGCCUGGAGAAGGAGAUUAAGCUACAACUGCCUAUUAUGAUGGCAACGUACCCACUUCGCUCCAACGAUGGGACCCUUCGCCGCAAACACAAUACCCACUACCCAACUACUUUGCCGAUUUUCAGGCCUUGGCUAGAGGAGAAGGCAAUUGAAUAACCCUAGAAAGCACUGCAGAGGGAAGUACCAGUGAUGCUCACGCGCUGGGGAAUGCCAUAGAAUGAAGUAGUUAAGUUACCCAUUAUUGUACAUGUGUCCAGAGAGAUUUUAACAGUCUGUUUUUGAGAAACUGUUGAGCCAAGUGGGUCACCCCAUAUAUUAUGUGCAUGUUCGGGGCCUUUACAUAUUUCUCAUAACAUAAGUGUGAUAAAGUUUCAUGCCAACCAGGGGUUUCAAGAAGAAAACAUAUCCAGGCAUAUAUUUUAAGAGUGACCUACAGUACUUUAAAAACUAACAUGUAACUAAAGAUCAAAUUAAUUUUAGCAACUGCCUAUAGGCAUAUUUUAUAAAAUAGUUACAUGUUACUGUUUUGAGGAGACUGAAUGAAUUUCUGCUGAAACUGCAGACACGUUGAUAUCCUUGUUUCUUUCUUUUCUCACACACAGGAAGAUGUGACUAAGCAAUUUAAUGUGUCCCUACCCCUUCCACCUUCUAUGUCAUUUAGGAAUUGGAUAACUGCUUUAACACUUUAAGUGUGACCUGCGCAAAGAGGGAGAUGCUUCACACUCUCUGUGUUAAUGAUACUCAAUACAUAAUUAAUAAAAUACCUUAUUUAACUUUAAAAAUGGACUAACAGUAAUUACCAAGAGGUUCCUUUUGUGAAAGAGGUGUGAGACCUCGGAAUAAACAAAUGUGAAUUAUGUUAAAUGUAGGUGUACUGAUGACAACCCUACCAUCAGAGAUUCGUCCGAAAACACGUCAUAGUGAUGCCAGUUUUCAUCAUUUUGACGUUUUGCGACCAAUCUCUGUGGUUAGGGAAUGGCAAAACUGGGAGGUAACAUCCAUUGUUGUUUAAAGAGCAUGUCUGAUAACUGGUACAUUUGGAUGUACAGCCUUGUGUUGACCCUUUAUCAUAAGUAACUUGACACAAAGCUCUACCUUCCACUGUUGUUAUCAUAAACUAAAAUAUGCAAAACCAUUAAAAUGUGAUAUACUUUUUUUUCAAUAAAAUGAGUAAAUUUCAUUUGAAACAAAAUCCACUUUAAUAUUGGAUAAAAAUAAAUGGCUGUUCUUAAAAAAAAAA